CUUCGGUUUAUUUUUCUAGUGCUGAUAGCGAAGAGCGUAGAUCUGUGCGAGCUUGAUGCUGAACAUUUCAAGCGUUAUUUUCGAAAGAGUUGUUUGCCUUCAUCAAGUUCGCCCUGUACCUGAGCCACAACUGCUGAACGGCUUGUACGUGACAGUUCGUACUUCAGUAGUAUUGUUUGAGAAAAGACAUUUCUUUGAUCCUAAGAAGUUACGUUAGUUAUGCAGUAACUCGAUGUCGAUCGUGAUCAGUCCGCAUUGCGAGUGAACUGUGGUCACGCGGACAGGCAGGAGUGGGAACAAUGGCAGACAGGGUGCGCUAUAACAUAGCCUUCUUACUUUCCAAUCUAGAUGCAUCCUUGAUCUUGGAACUCUUGCUGGAGAAUGAUGUGCUGGACGUUGAUGAAUAUGAUGCUGCCUCCAGCAAGGAAAACGUGAAGUCUGAUCUGACAAAGUACGUGGUGAGGCUGAUGCUGAAGAAAACGGAGGAACAGGUGGAUUCGUUCCUGAAGCUGAUUCAACACAGCCAACCGGAUGUUGCUAAACAUGUCGCCAACACCAUGGCAAAGCGACGCGAUGCAACUGCCAAUGGGGGAACUGACCGUCCGACGAAGACAAGGUCGGCAGAUCAUGAGCCAACACUUGGCUCGUCCUCCGAUGCUACCAUGAUGAUGCCUGGACAACAGAAAACGCAACAGUCAGUCCACACAGAGGGAGGUAGUGAGACUGAUCAACAACUGUCCUCCAGCAGACAUACAGCAACAGACAAACAAGCAACAUCAGCUUUAGCAACAAGCAGUGCAACUAGUAUGGGUACAACAAUGAGUACUAGACUAACUACAGCUCAGGUUUCAAAAACAUCAUCACAUUCAAGCAACUCAUCUCUACCAGACCUGGACGAACACUUCACUGGCAGGGAUGACAUUGUUACAGAGAUCAGUCGCAACAUUCUCACAACAAAGUCCAAGUCAUCAUCUACACGAGUGCAGAGUCUUAUGGCACCAGCUGGUUUUGGUAAGACGUCCGUAGCCAUUGCUGUGGGACAUGUAUGUCGCAAUGCUGGUUGUCGUGUGGAGUUCUUUGACUUACGCGGUGUAGCUGGUGUUGACACUGUCCAGGCAAUGAUUCAAAACCGACUCGAAACAAACCCGGCUUCAUCUGAAACUACUGGCAAAGCAACGAAAUCAACUGAUGGCAUGGAUGAUGAUGGUGGCAAACAUCACAUGUUAUGUAUCCUAGACAAUGCCGAGGAUGCUUUGCAGGCUGGUGCUGAUAAAGAUCUCCAACUACAAGAUGUCAUCCAACGACUACUACGACAACAACACAACGCCCAUGUCCUACUGACAAGUCGUGUUUACUUUGACCUACACGCUGCCCAGUUUAAACUACAACAACACCGUCUUGAUGGUCUGACAAAGGUCUGUGCUGUUAGUCUUCUCCAUGGUCUUUGUGUUGAAGGUAAUGUGAGCAUUGAAGAUGCACAGAGGUUAGUGGAUCGUUGUGGAAAUGUCCCACUUGCUGUACGCAUUACAGCUGGUCUUCUACAAGGUGGACGAUUAACUCCAACCAUGUUGUUAUCGCUAUUUCAGGAACUUGGUCUAGAUGUGUUCAACGACGAUGGUCUGAAACCGAAUCAUCGAAUCCUGAAGCUGUUGGCAUUAGCUUACAACACAUUACAACAGGAUGACAAGGAAUCAUUCCAUGCUCUCUCUCAGCUGCGUUCAUCGUUCACAUCUGAUUGCGCUUGUGGGAUGGUGGGUUUGGCUGACACUAAGCCCAGUGUGGUUCAUCUUGUACGUUUUGAUCCUUUGAUCAAGAUUUGUUUCCUGGAUUACAAUGCGUAUUUAAAACGCUACUCUUUGCAACCAUUCAUCGCCGAGUUUGGUCGUUAUCAAUGCCCUGAAGACAAGCAACGCCUAUAUCAACGGCGAAUGUGCAAGCAUUUCCUUAGUUUUGUGAAGGAUGUUGAUGGCUGCAGAGGUUGUGGUGCACACAAAGCAAUGUAUUGGAGUUUCCAACUGGUUCAGGAAAGCGUGAACAUAUGGAGUGCUUUUUCAGUUGUUGAUCUAUUGCCCGAUGAUGAACUUCUUCCUUUCUCUAGAUUAGCGACAUGUUCUGGUUUGUUUGUGGCUUUGGCUGGGAGAGCAACACUUGUUGCAGCGUUUGGAGACAGGGUUCGACGAUUGCACAAGGCACCGCUAUCCGUUCAAGUAUUAGUUGACAGCCUUUGCGCCUCAGUCCUGUGUAGGAUUACCAGUGCCGGUAAAGCAGCAGGUUCUGACAUCAAUUUUGACGAUUUGGAUCUCGAAGCCCAAAAGCUUCUGGAGAGAUGUAAGCAGGAACAAACAGGAGAGCAGUCACAGCUGCAGCUGGCAUUGAUCCAACUUUCUCUUGAGUCAUGCAGGAUAUCCAUAUGUCGGGUUAUGAACUGCUUUGAAGGAAAAUCUGAGCUCAGCCAUGAAACACUAUCCCGUCUGCAGGUGGUGUACCAGCGUGUUACAACAACACUGAGAAUGGGUCUUGCAACAGGUGUCACUGAAUGUGCCCUGAAACUCAUUCAACUGUAUUGUUCCACUCUGCUAAACAAGGAUAUACUCAAUGUACAGGUGGUAGAAGACCUUGCUGAGAGAGUAAUCCCAUCUCGCUUCCUAUCACAAGAUGGUGCAGUCCCUUCAUGUGCUGGAAUGGACUACUUUCUGCUACAAUGCAUUGUUGUGAUCCUGGGCAAGGUCAUGUCAAGUUCCUGUAGCAGUGAGUGGAUUAUUUCACCAUCAUUGAUUACAACACUGGGUAUACAAAUGUGCAAGUGGAAACAUGUACCAACUGCUAUCAGGCGCGAGGUCAAUGCCAAUGACGACUAUACCACAUUGCCAGUUUUUCGGUUACAACGGUACCUGUACUCCAUGGAUAAUGACACAGUAACCACACUACUGUACCUGUACUUGGGUGAUACGUACAACACCCAGUACAUAUCCUCGGUAGUAAAUGGAAGGGCACACACAACUCCAACGGGUCUCACUCUACCAGCACAGCAUCCCUACAACAUUGUGAUGGACUAUGUCAGGAGAUGGUGUAAUGGCUCAAAUCCAGCAGAUCACACAACAGCACUAAUUAACAACUGUAGCCAGAACAAGAUACCUGAUUUGGAAGUGAUGCAGUCUUGUAUACUGAUGGCUAGAGCACUGCUCGAUAUUGAGAAUACGGUCUUUACAACUGUCGAUAGUUCCAAACUCUUCCCGGCGUUGAAGUCAUUGGUUAAUGAUCUCAGUGCUUGCCUGCCAAGCAAUUGUGCAACUGGUCUCUCAGUGUCUGGAAUUGUGCACUUACCACCACAAGCUGGAGACCUUUCUCUACUAUACAUCUCUAUCCUUGCUGUCCUACGUCAUCAAUCCAAGAGACGCCAAGUGAGCAUUGAUCACCACAUUGCACUACUGGAAUGGUGUCCACGUGUAGCAGCAUGUUUUGUCUGCUAUGACCUGGACAACAUCACAGCAUGUCCUCGUUGUGGCAUGGCUUACCUGUGUGGCAAACAUCGUCUAACUGAUGAACACCUAAGUGAACACAACCAACACUGUGCUAUGCUGGCAGCACUCAGACAUCGCAUGUCGCAGGCUAGCUGAGCUUCUGAAGAUCUCUAGUGGAUAGUGUUUAGCGGUUGAGAUUGGUGAAAGUGACCAGCACUGGACAGGGAUCAUUUCAAGAAGCUACUGCAGUAAGAGAUACUCCAACAGCACACUACCUGUCAUUGAUCACAACACUGUGACAUCACUUGUAUAGACAUGAUGUAUACAGAUUGUCUAUGACACAAACUGUUGUGUUACUAUGUAGAUAUAAUGAUCAACUGAACUACAUGUACUGUCUAGUCCAGUCUACUACAGUAUCAGUUUUAAUGAACGUUAGCGCAUGCGGUGUAUUCUGCAUUGCCCAACAGAGUCUCUUGCGCGCUCGCUGCAAGUAUUCGAAGUCCACAGUUCCCGAUUUCCUUUCUUGUUGUGUCUGCACUUACAGUGGAUUUCUUUCUCAACCCACACACUCACCCAUCCACCCAUCCAUUCCACUUUUGUGAUCAUGACCGUUAUUUGUUCAUAUUGAAGAAAGUUGAGACUUGACUUUUCACACAGUCAUGUAUGUAUGUACCAG